AUGGAAGGAGCAAAACUACCGCUUGAGCUGCUCGACGCCAUAGUUGACGAAAUUUCAGCAAGUACAAGGGACGAUCCUACCUCAAAAACUUGUCUUCUAAACUGCGCGCUUGUAUGUCGCUCCAUGUACACUCGUGCAUCGGGGCACACGUAUUCCGCUGUGUCGGUCGUCUCAGGGACGGAGAGGAACUCGGAGGUGAACCAAAUUCUGGCGAAGAAACUGGAGAAGCUUCAUUUGAUCUUUGAGAAAAAUGGCGCACUGGCGCAGCGGGUACGGACUUUUACGUUGGAUGUAUGCUUUGCCGACACAAUUCUUGCCAUUGAUCCUUUCAAAUUCCUCAAUAACCCACACCUACCUCUCAUUCUCGACCAACUGUCGUCCAUUUCAGCUUUUGAAUGGAUUAGCCAUAUUCGCCCCUUUCCAUGGAACGCGUUCAGCCUUCAAAUACGACAAGCAAUUUCAGCACUUUUGCAAAGACCAUCGUUGAUAUCUAUGUCACUCUGUGCCAUUCAGAACGUUCCUGUCAACCUGAUCCUCAACAACGGAAAUCUGAAGCAUCUUUUUCUCAAGCAUAUUGAUAUCUACAACCCAGAAGACCAUGAAUUGCCCCUAACGCUGUUUCCCUGUGAUUCUUUGAGAUUGGCCAGCCAUGUCAGUCAUAACUCCGCAGAAACAGUCUUCCGGCUGUUACUUAGUUCCCCGUACAUGUUCUCUCAAUUGCGUGUUCUACGGGUAUGGAUGCGACGAAGUGACGAGGUCUCCGCAGCAUGGGCCGUGAUGAAAUCAGCAGCAAGCGCUUUGGAAACAUUAGACAUUGAAGACAUGUCCCAUUUUCAAUGUAAGCACAUCAUAUCGCGUUAUAUUUUGGCAGAAGAAUAUUGCUUAAACCUUCAAGAUCCUACAAUGAUACCAGGUCCAGUAGAUAUCGGAAGUCUGCCUAGUUUGACCCACUUCUCAGUGAAUUGUCUAAUUGCCUCUGGGGAUGGGGUCGUCUUUCCUAUGGGAAUUUAUGGCAUUUUGAACUCAGGCAGCUCACCGUCUAGAAUCGAAGACGUGAAAAUUACUAUCGACUGGAUAGAUUGUGUUCCUGGUACGGAGUUACGAAAGUUCAGCGAGGAACCAGGCUGGACUGCUCUUGACGACGUGUUAUCGGGGGCAAAAUUUUCCUCUCUCCAAAAGGUGUCCUUGACGCUGAAGAUGGGCUAUGGAUGGCGAACAACUCAGACAUCUGGAGACAACCCCCCGCAAAGAAUCAUAGCGCUCAAGGAUAAAAUCCAGAGUCUGGUAGCAAAGCUACUUCCUCAAACAUCACGGAGGUUGAACAGAAAGGUUUACGUCAAUUUGCUGAUAUAUAGGUCGCGAUAUGCGCUUGACACUGAGUAA